GCAAACGCUGAUUGUUGUUGCUCACGCUGUUCUCUACCGUGGCAGUGGAAUGCCAUCGAAUGGGAGCACCUAGCCAUCGGUGGACCGGCCUACAUGGCUUGAUGGCUAAUCUAAACAUUACAGCGUGAUGGGAUCUCUGUCGUUCAAUUUAUGCAUGAGCCUGAUUCUCCGUGUUCUUUUGGGAAGCUUGCCCACUGCUAAGCCACUCGGAUAUCGCUCCUGUGUCAAGGCAAACGCGGGCGACACACCUAUGCAAACAAGUUUACCUCUUACUAUUUACUGUGUCGCCCAAUUCAUGGAGUCGAAAACGGUUUAUGACGAGUGCAACAGUGCGUUGGACAUAUUGGCCCAAGUAGGAGACAGUGUGCGAACAUUGCUCCAGAUAGUCGCCGGUCAAACCGCGAAAACCCUCACGGCCGAACCCGACCUUGCGGCUCUGCAAAAAGCGCGCAAACACCAUGACCAACUUCUUGCCAAGCUGCAAGCCAGUGCCGAGAAACUCGCAGGCUACCAGUCAGCAGUAGACAGCCCUGAUGCGGCCAUGACCGACUCGUCAGAAAUGGAGUCGUUGGCAAAAGAACAUGAAGAGCUUCGCAAGGAAUCCGUUUCUGUGUCGAAUGAACUCAAGGAAAUGCUCAGUCAAACCUACGCUUUACAAUUCCAAAUUGAUAUGCUUUUGGCAUCAUCCCGAGACCAAUCGUUGUCUACUCUGAAAUGACGAUAGAAAGCUGGACUUUCUCUCGCUUGUAUUCACUCAAUGGUCGCCUUUUCUCCCUGCCAUAUCCCUGCCUUUCCCUGUACUUAUUCCUUUUUUUUUGUUUGGUUUAAGUCAA